UCUGCUAGUGCGUGGCUUGGGAGGGCCGCCAAGCCAGGGCGUAGUAUGCGCUUAUGCGCGGCUCAUUACGAAAUCGAGCUAGCGAGCGCGCCAGAGGGCUGGAAGACGAUGGCUGGCAGGUGAGGGUCGUGUGCCUGCUGUCGUCUUUCCCAACGCUCGCCACCAGCAGCCGCCGUUCCCUGCAGAGUCCCGAGCAUCCCCGCACCGCGCAGCAGGCCAGGACGUCGAUGCCGGGUCACGAAUUACAGUCGCCCAAUGCCGGGUGGACAGUUACGCCGUCGGCAAGCCCUGCCUGCCGAGAUUCGGCACAGGCUCAUGCCGAACUCGCAGAGGAAGAUCGUGGACCAACGAACGUUACUGAAACGGCCGUCGGCGGCAGCACGCCCCAGCAGUCUGCGCAGAAUCCAAUGAGUCUGGGAAAGCGUGCCGAAAGCUAUGCCUUCCAGGCCGACGUCGGCACCCCUCAUGGAUGUACGUCCUCCUUCUCCCCGCCGCGGCGAUCACCCCCAAGUAACCGUGCCGCCUAUGCAGUCUUUGCCCAGGAAAUUGCAGCAGAACGACGGCACUACAUCGUCGUCGUGAUCAAGCCCAUCGUCUUCACCUUGGUGUUGAUGUGGAUCUCGCUCCCUGUCUUCUGGGGAGCACUCUCGGGUUCGCCGCAGCUUACAACCAACCUCGAAGCCUGGUUCAUAAACAGAGACGGCGCACGGAUUGGAAACACGCUGUGGGAGUCGUUUGGGAACACGUCUACCCCAGGUCAACACCUCAGCUGGUCGCUCAUUGACCCCGUUGCAGCCGGAGACGAUGAAGACAUUGCCAACGCUAUUAUCGAAAACGAAGCAUGGAUUGCUGUCGUCAUCGAAGCCAAUGCAACAGCCAAUCUGAGUCUCGCUCGAGCAAACGGAGAUCCCAGCUACGAUCCGAGCAAGGCUAUCACCGUCUAUUAUGCCCAAGCGCGUCAGGAAACUGCGGUUGGGAACUAUGUCCUGCCGAUCACAACGCAGAUCCUUACCGCUAGCGUGACGGCGUAUGCGACCGCCGCUGCCCAACGUUACUUUGCUGAAAUCACACCGGGCACCACAGUCAAUCAGACCGCUGUGCAACUUUUGUCUCAGGCACCACAGACUAUCAGCCCGGCCAUUUCCUGGACCGUGGUCAAUCUUCGGCCCUAUACGACGCCAACAGCACAGGCUGUCACGCUCGUCGGCAACAUAUUCUUGACGAUCUUCACGUUCAUCAUGACCAUGGCUCAUGCUGCCGCCCGCGCCAUCAUCGCACCACGCCUUCGGCUGUCGUCAUACUUCUUCCUGCGAUUGGCUGUGCCAUUUGCGGCGUACCUGCCACUAAGUUUCAGCUACACGCUCGUCAGCCUUGCGUUCGGGCUUCCGUUCGACGGAAAGUAUUCUCUUGCCAGCGGUUUCUUACUCGCCUUUAUAUUCAAUUAUCUCGGCAUGCUCGCCCUUGGACUGUCGCUAGAGUCCAUGAUUACCCUGCUCACGCCCAAAUAUAUACCCUAUUUCCUCUUCAUAUUGAUCAUAUACAACGUCUCGCCGACUCUGCUUCCCCCAGAGCUGCUGAGUCCGUUCUUCUCGUAUGGAAAAGGCUUUCCCAUAUGGAAUUUGUCACAAUCUAUGCGCACAAUCCUUUUCGACACAACCCCAAACCUCGGGCGGAGUGCGGGUGUCAUCGUGGGAUGGAUAGGACUCUCUUGCGUUACGACACUGCUCCUCACGUGGUGCAUGCGCAAGCGCGAACUAGCCGCGCUCUUGGCAUAUGACACGACGUCGUCUCCACUCGUUCGGGCAUCACAUGAUAGCGUCGAAGAGCUGGUUGAGGACGAAAAGAAAGUUUAGCGUCGCCUAGAGUAAACCGGGAACUAGUCUCUACAGAACACUGCCAACAUAUCCUUGAUUGUGCUCACGAACGUUCAUUAUAUUUGCAACACUUCGCUUUCCGUUUUUAAAUCCGCAUUCUAUCCAAUGUAUUGUAUUCCCUGUCGAAUUAGAUACCUGUAUUUAUUUUUCGAGAGUGCU